AACAAAUAUGAAACAAGAAAUUUUUGGGACUGGAGUAAGAUUUACGGAGCACAUAGUUAAACCCUAGAACUUGAACUCUUUUUUUAAAUUACUCAGUGGCAAAUGGCAAUGAAGCGUUGUAGAAGAACAGAGGUUACCGAUGAUGAUGGCCGAACCCCCGACGAAGAUGAUUCCAGUCACCAUGAAUUCGAAGGAGAUGAGAUUGAUGAGGAAGAGGAUUACGAGGAAGAAGUUUGUUCUAAUGAUGUUCCCGUGUAUGAUCCGGAAAGAAUGCUGCGCGGCAUUACCAACUUCAUCAUGUUUCAGGACGUGAAUCCUCAUUUCGCGAAGAAUGAGAAUUUCGUGAAUCUGAUGAAGAGGCAAUGCCCUUCUUUGAAAUUGGGCCAGGAGGCUAUCAAGAAGGAUUGCUUGGCUGUUUUUGAAGAGGCAAAGCCUCAGAUCGAGCGCGAGUUGAAUCGGACGGGCCGGUUGAUUCCUCUUUCGGUCGACGUGUUGACCCACUACAGGCGGUACGACGUGGGCCCCGAUUUCGCUUGCCUAUCAGCACACUUCAUUGACGAUGACUGGAAGCUGAGGAAAUGGAACCUUUGUUUCCGGCGAUAUCUUGCAGGUACUAUGGAUGAGUUUGUUGUGAAAGCGCUCAAUGACUGGAAUCUCAAUGAUGAUAAGGUGUUCACUUUCACCUCUAGGAGAAUCGAUGCGUGCCCGUACGCGAUCCAAUUGAUCAAGUCCAAAUUCGAGGAGAAGAACCGAUUGGCAUAUGAUUCUCGUGUGUUUUCGGUGAGGUGUUGUGCUGACAUGUUUGGUUUGAUGGCUCAAGAUGCAUUCGAAGACAUAUCCGACAUCAUCAGCGAUCUCAAAGAACUGCAUUGGUCGUGGCACAUCACGAAUUCAAAGCUCAAACGUGCUCUGGACAUGGAAGCACUUGGAGAGUUCAAUUCAGAAUCUGUAAGAAAAGAUUUUCCUGUUCCAUCUGCCCAACAGUGGGAGAAAGUUCGUGUCGUCCAUAGACUGGUUGAACAUGCCUAUGAUGCUGCAAAACAGCUGUUUGAGGUCAAAACCUCAACAGCUAACUUGUUUCUGUAUCAUCUUCAGGAGCUUCGUGCGAGUUUGCUUGUUGAAGCGAGUAGCCCAGACGCUUUCACUUGCAAGGUUGCAAAUAAGAUGCUUAAGAGGCUUGACAAGUACAUAAGAAAGAACUAUCUGGUAUUGGCAGUCGCAUCCGUGAUGGACCCACGUUGCAAAAUGCAGUUUAUAGUCGAAGUCUCAACCAAAUUCGAAGACAUAGAAGGAAUACCUCAAACCAGUGAUGUUUUGGAGACUGUAAGAAGUGUUUAUGAACAUUAUAAUCCAAGCAACGAAUGUGGCGAAGCUAUGAAAGCCACUAGUAAGUGUGAUUUGGAUUUGUAUCUAGAGGAGCCGGUCUUGGCACGCGAAGGGAAGUUCAAGGUGUUGAAAUGGUGGAAAGCUGAAAGCCCAAAGUACCCAAACGUGUCCAAAGUUGCGCGCGAAGUUUUGGCUAUUCCGGUCUCGGUUGCAACCUCGUACGAUGCUUACUAUCAUGUUGAAAACAGACACCCGGUUGUUUCUAUAGUUACCACGGGGCCUCAGUUGAUGAAUGCCAUCAUGUGUUGCAGAAGCUGGAGGCUUGGGAAGCCCAUGCCGACUUUAGAUAUGUACAUCAUCUUCCUCUCUGCUGAGGUUUUUUUAAGCCGCAAAAGUGCAAAACCCUUAAUCAUGGCGGACUCGUGCGGGGCAGAUCCGAACGAGAAGGCCCUUCAUCCAACAGCGGCUGAUGUCGCCCAGAAUCCCAACGGAAAUGAUUCCAUUCAUUGUGAGUGUGGAGGAAAUGGCAAUACCGAGGUGGAUCCUACGGAAGAUUAUCAUGGAAGUAAUGAUGGUAAAGUUGAAGGUGGAAGUGAUGAUGUGGAAGAUGAAGAUGGCAGUGAUGAUGUGGUGGAAGAUGACGAGGAAGAUGGCAGUGAUUAUAUGGAUGAUGAAUAUGAGGCUAUUAAUGCAAUAUUGAUGCAGCGCUAUAUUGCCAACAUCUUCAAUCCUAAAGAAAUUGAGAAGGAAUGCUUGAAAUUGUUUGAGAAACAAAAGGCUGAUGUUAAACACACUUUGAAUAACAUGGGCCGACUCAUUCCUCUCUCUGUUGACAUCUUAAGUGACUACAAGCCUUCUGGGGAGAUCAUUGACUACGUACGUUUGGCAGCAAACUUUGUUGAUGAUGAAUGGAAACUGAAGAAAUGGGUUCUUCAUUUCCGGCUAUAUGAUGUUUGGAAUUCUGAUUUUAUUGAUGCAGUAAUUGUGAAAACAUUGGAUGACUACACCCUCAUAGGGAGGAAUAUGAUUCCAUCUGAAACUCGCCUUUUUCACAUUAGCUGUUGUGCUGAAAUGUUUGGUUUAAUGGCCGAAGACGCAUUUGAAGAGAUAUCCGAUAUCAUCAGUAUGCUUAAGGAACUGUGUUGGUCAAAAUCAGAAUGCAUGUGGCACUUGACAAAUAAAAAAAUAAAAGAUGUUUUGGACUUGGAUGCUCUCGGAGAGUUCAGUUCAGCGUCAGUAACUGAUCACAAUUCCGUUCCAUCUGUGGAGGAGUGGGAGAAAGUUCGAGCUGUCCAUAGACUGGUUGAACAUGCCAAUGAUGCGGCAAACAAGGUUUUCUUGGUUAAAAGUUCAACUUCCAACUUUUUUCUGUAUCAUCUCCAAGAGCUUCGUUCAAGUUUACUUGCCGAAGCAGCUAAACCAGAUGCUUUCACCCUCAAGAUUGCAAAGAAAAUGGUCGAGAGGCUUGACAAGUACAUGAUACAAAAUUACCUGGCCUUGGCGAUUACGUCCAUGAUGGACCCACGUUGCAAGAUGCAAUACGUGGAUGAAGUUUUGACAAAGUUUGAAACCACAGAUGGCAUAUUGCAACGCACUGCUCUCUUGGAGGCUGUUCGGAGGGUUUAUUCAGAUUACUCUUCUGAUGGCACCACGCCGAAUGAUUUGGAUGUGUAUCUGGGGGAGCCUGUCUUAGCAUGGGAAGAGAGCUUUGACGUGCUACAAUGGUGGAAGUCCAUAGGUGGUCCCAAAUACCCGCACAUGUCUAAAAUGGCGCGCGAUAUUCUGGCCAUUCCAAUGUCGGUUGCAACUUCUUACGAUGCUUAUUAUUACAUUGAGAAUAGACCUGCAGAUCGCCGUGUCAUAACUUCUGGCUCUGAAGCGAUGAACGCUAUGAUGUAUUCUUGGAGCUGGAAGCUUGGGAAGUCUGGAAAUGGUUCCAAUGAGAGUGAAGGAAAUGAUAGCGAUGAGGUGGAUUCUGAGGAAGAUGGUAUUGAUGAAAUGGAAGAUGAACAUGAAAGUAAAGAUGACGGUGGCAGUGAUGAUAUUCAAGAUGAAGAUGUAAGUGAUGGCGUGGAAGAUGAAGAUGGAAGCGAUGAUAUGGAAGAUGGAUUUGUUGAUGCCUUCUAUGACACAGUAAUCAGUAUCUUGAAUCCUAAAGCAAUACAAAAUCGUUGUUUGAAAAAUUUUGAACAAUCAAAAGCUGAGGUUAAACGCACUUUAAACAACAUGGGCCGACUAAUUCCUCUCUCUGUUGACAUGUUAAGUGACUACAAGCGCUCUGGCGCGAUCGUUGACUAUGUACGUUUGGCAGCAAACUUCAUCGAUGACAACUGGAAACUGAAGAAUUGGGUUCUUCAUUUCAGGCUAUAUGAUGUUUGGAAUUCUGAUUUUAUUGAUGCAGUAAUUGUGAAAACAUUGGAUGACUACAGCCUCACAGGUAAGGUCCAUACUCUCACCUCCCGCGAUGAUGAUACCAUUGACGAAACCAUUGAAUCCAUUGAGUCUCAAAUCAAAGAGAGGAAUAUGCUCCCAUCUGAAACUCGGCUGUUUCGCGUCAGCUGCUGUGCUGAAAUGUUUGGUUUAAUGGCCGAAGAUGCAUUUGAAGAGGUAUCCGACAUCAUCAGUAUGCUUAAAGAACUGUGUUGGUCAAAAUCAGAAUGCAUGUGGCACUUGACAAACAAAAAAAUAAAAGAUGUUAUGGACUUGGAUGCUCUCGGAGAGUUCAGUUCAGCAUCGGUAACCGAUCACUAUUCCGUUCCAUCCGCGGAUGAGUGGGAGAAAGUUCGGGCCGUCCAUGGACUGGUUGAACGCGUCAAUGACACGGCAAAAAAGGUUUUUCUGGUAAAAAACCCAACUGCCAACUUGUUUCUGUAUAAUCUUCAAGAGCUUCGUGCAAGUUUACUUGCCGAAGCAGCUAGUCCAGAUGCUUUCACCCUCAAGAUUGCAGAGAAAAUGGUCAAGAGGCUUGACAAGUACAUGAGACAAAACUACCUGCCCUUGGCGAUCGCGUCUGUGAUGGACCCACGGUUCAAGAUGCAAUACGCGGAUGACAUUUCGACAAAAUUUGAACCCGCGGAUGGCACAUUCCAACCCGAGGAUCUCUUGGGGGCUGUUCGGAGGGUUUAUUUGAUAAAAUAAAAUAUUCUUGACACCUCUUAUUUCGAAGAACUUUUCAUGUAGUUUUUUUAUAUGUAAAUUUUAUUUUUUAUUUCUAUACCAAUAUGUAAAUAAAAUGAAUUGAAAAAACUUGAUAUUUUGCCUCGGGAAUACAAAUGUGGCAAAUAAUUUGGGACGGAGGAAAUAGUAAAAUGAUUCUAAAAAU